CGUUCCAGGAGAAUUCAAUACUUUCCCUACCCUGAAGAACAUAGGCAUGAUGCACAUGCAAUCCAAGAGACAAGUUACUUUUUCUUUUUCCUUUUAACCCUUUAUUCAUCUCUGUCUUUCUUCUAGGAAUUUUGCUUAUGUUAGAAUUGUCUGAGAAGAAUUCUUAAAGUAGACAUUGGAAUGAUCUUCAUAAGAGGAAUCAAGGAAAUAAAUCAUCAUGACUUGUUGUAGUGACUGUAGUAACGAGCGAACGGCUUCAAGAAGGCUGCCAACUUCUCCGGAUCAUCAUGACAAUGCUAACAAUCAUGAAAGCCCUAAAAGUAAACAAAUGAUGGCUUGUCCCUCCUGUGGUCUUACACUCCAGUCUCCAGAAAAGGCUGGAAUUCAUGACCUUCCAGGAUUACCUGCUGGGGUGAAAUUUGAUCCUAGUGAUCAGGAAAUACUUGAACAUUUGGAGGCAAAGGUGAGAUCAGAUGUUCAUAAGCUUCAUCCUCUGAUCGAUGAGUUCAUCCACACACUUGAGGGAGAAAAUGGAAUUUGCUGUACGCAUCCAGAGAAAUUACCAGGAGUAAGCAAAGAUGGUUUAGUCAGGCAUUUCUUUCAUCGCCCUUCAAAAGCAUACACCACUGGGACUAGGAAAAGAAGAAAAGUACACACGGACAUAGAUGGCUGCGAAACCCGGUGGCACAAAACAGGCAAGACUAGGCCAGUUGCUGUUAAAGGAAAAGUGAAAGGGUUCAAGAAGAUACUUGUGCUCUACACUAACUAUGGGAGGCAAAGAAAACCUGAGAAAACAAAUUGGGUGAUGCAUCAGUAUCACCUAGGCAAUAAUGAAGAUGAAAAGGAAGGUGAAUUAGUGGUUUCCAAGGUUUUCUACCAAACUCAACCUAGGCAAUGUGGUUCCUUGAUCAAAGACUCUCCUGUGAAAGGAAAUGGGCGAAUUGGACAUGAGGGUUCUCAUCUCAACAACUCUACCUUUGUCGAAUACUACAAUUCAGCUCUCAUUUCCUUUGAUCAAUGAUCCAGUUGGAGUAAUCUAAUUCUACCAGAGGGGGAAUAAAUUAUAUGCUGAUUUAGGAGAAGCUG